UUUAAAUAGACUCAAUUCAGCUGCUGAUCGGAAAGUGUUUUAAAAAUUGUAACGCACAGAACAAAAUAAAAUAAGUCAAACAAUUCGCUAACUCUGCAUUAGAUUUUCGCGUGGUUAGAACACAAAGAAUAUAGAAUGGAUCCCAACGAAGUGAAGGGCAUAAUGAAGGUAAAGGGAGUGCCCAGCAAUAUGCUGAAGACGGCCAAGUUCGAUGAGCUGAACGUGUUGGCCACCUUUCAUCCGGCCAACAAGGACUACGGCCACAUGGUCAUCGAUGAGCCCAAGACACCGUUUGUGUUUGAAAGUGAUUUGCCACACGAUUUGGAUACCGAAACAUUGAUGGAGAAGUUGCGCUUUGCUGCACAGUCGGAGACGCCAUCGUUUGGCAUUGAUGACGAUUCGGAUGAUUCAUCCGAUGACGAAGAUUUUCCCGAGUCCCUCGAUGAGAAGGUGCGACGUUUGGAGUUCGAGCGACGUCGCAAGUUGCACUACAAGGAAUAUUUGUCGGUGCCGUUGGCGCGUCGUCUGAUUGCCGAGGAGUUUGGCGAUAAGAGCAGCGUUGAGCCAACGAUUAACGAUGAAUCCUUUGAGCUAAAAGGCGAGAGCUGUUCACUCGAAGAGUGUUCGAUGCCCAGUGAGGCAAGUGCUAGUGGCAGCACUCACACCGAGGUGACUUCAACAUCGGAGCAUACGAAAAGAAUUAGUGUGGAUUAUAUACCGCCACCGGUUGAGAUUGAGCCCGGGUUUCAGCCCGAACAUCGUUGCUAUCAGAAGUUGACGGCCCAAAUGUAUGAUCCACGUGAUACGAUGACAUCGAUAAAUCACUCGGUAUCGGAAGCCGAGUCAACGGCCACCAUUGAGACGCAGGGCAAACGUGCCACAGUGGACAGGGCAUCCCAAUCUUGAGAGAAAGAGCUGAAGAUUUAAUUAGCAUUUGUACAGAACAUUGUACAACUAUACAAAUCGGUACUUUAUGUUGAUGUCUAUUAAAAUUUGUACGUUGCAAGUAAAAGCCAA